UUAAUAAAACAACAACAACAAUUUUCAGCAUGUGAAACAAUAAUAAAUAAAAAAGGGACCCUAAAACACGUGUAAACAAAUAAAAAGAGUGGUCUAUCGGAAAAAGUUUGGCAUUUUAUUUAUUGCUAACUUACACGGGAACAGGAAAAAUGCCUAAAAAAGGAAAAAGGAACAUUGAUGUUGAAGAGAAAACUGGCCCACGGAAAAAGAAGUCAAAGGUUCAUAAGUGGAGUAGUGACUUUGUACCGGAGUAUGCCUCGGAUGAUGAGAAGUUGUAUGGAAAUAGUGAGGAGCCAGAUCCAGAUUCCAGGGAGUAUAUAUAUGAUGAUGUGGACGAAUUCCAUGCUAAUAAAGAAAAGAUUCUUCUAGAUAAAGGAUACAGGCAUGAUGAGGAAAUACAACAAUCUGAUGAGGAGGAAGUUCUAGCCUUGGACUCGGAGGAGAGUGACGAUGAAGAAAUUCGUAAUUUAAAGGCUCAGCUCAGACGAGUUAAACAAUUAGAGAAAAAAGAAGCCCUUGGUAGCGACCUUGAAGAUCAAUCUGGGGAUGAUGAUGAUGAUGAUGAUGGAUUGCCAGACCAGAAAGCGUGGGGAAGUAGGAGAAGUAAAUAUUAUGGAGAUGAUGAUAUUGAUAUGAAGGACAUGGAGGAAGAUGAUGCUGAGGCUGUCCUCGAGGAAAAAGAAGCCCUUAGGUUACAAAAACAGAUGGCAGAACAACUUGAUGACCAGGACUUCGGACUGGACAUCUUUCAGCCAUCAGAGAAAGUGAAGGAUACCUCAGAGAAAGAACAGAAGAUUGUAAAAGAUCUCUCCAAAUUGUCAAAGAGAGAAAAAAUAAAGCUGCUGAAGAAAGAGUCUCCAGAACUGAUCACCUUAAUUGAAGACUUUAAAUCUAAGAUGACAGAAGUACAAGAUAAGUUAUGCCCCUUGAAAGAUUGGAUAGACAGGAAGGACCUGAAAGGGAAAGCUGUUGAUUAUGUUCUUACAAAACUCAAACUUGAUUUGAAUUACUGCACCAAUAUUGUGUUCUACUUGAUGUUGAAAGCUAAACAAGCUCCAGUACAUAACCAUCCUGUCAUCAAAAGAUUGUUACAGUACAGAAAUAUAAUGAAGCAAUUGGAACCACUAGAUGAACAGAUGAAAGAGGAGAUAGAUGAAAUAGUAGAGAAACUUAACAAUGGUGAAGAUGUAGAAUUUGACAAGAACAUAGAGAAAACAAGAACUUUUGUCAGAAUUAAAGAAAAGGACAGAAAAGCACAUGCAAAGAAACAUAAAGAAAAGGUCGUAACUCCAGGUGCUGUUAAGGAAGAUAGUAAGAAUGAGAAGAGGUAUGAGACUAAAGGAGAGAGAGAAGCUUUAGAAUAUUAUGAAAUGAUGAAAGCUGGUAGACCCGAACUAUCUGAUGAAGACGAGGAACAAGACAGGGAAAGUGAUAAGGAAGGUGAGGAUAACAAUGAAGAGCAGGAUGACGGUGAUGAAGAUAUGGAUGGUAAAAGAGGAAUAUCUUACCAGAUUGAGAAGAACAAGGGGCUGACAGCUCACAAGAAGAAAGAGUUACGUAAUCCACGUGUAAAACACAGAAUGAAAUACAGAAAGGCAAAAAUAAGGAGGAAAGGACAGUACAGAGAACCAAGAACAGAGAUGCACAAGUAUGGUGGAGAGAUUUCUGGUAUCCGAGCUGGUAUCAAGAGAAGUGUAAAACUGAAAUGAUAAUUGUAAUGUAUUAACGUUUAGAAAAUAAAAACUGUUACAUAUU